AUGGCUAAGUAUCAAAUCACUCCAAUGGAAAAAAUGAGUUCCAUUCUAACAACCUGUUUCCUCUUGAGUAUAGUUUUCCUUUCUACAACAAAUUCUGAGUUUACCAAAAACACUUACAUCAUUCAAAUGGAAAACUCGGCGAAACCAGAAGUGUUUUCCAGUCAUCUAGAUUGGUAUUCAUCAAAAGUAAAAGCAGUACUGUCGAAAUCAGUAGAAGCUGAAAUAGACAACAAUGAUGAAGAGAGAAUCAUUUAUAGUUACAGCACAGCUUUUCAUGGAAUGGCUGCUAAAUUAAGCGCAGAAGAAGCAAAAAAGCUAGAAUCUGAAGAUGGUGUUGUAGCUAUAUUCCCUGAUACAAAGUAUGAACUACACACUACAAGAAGUCCUUAUUUUCUUGGUCUUGAACCGAUUCAAACCAACAACAGAAGCUGCUCGGAAAAACUAGUUAGCCAUGAUGUUGUAGUUGGAGUUUUGGACACUGGUAUUUGGCCUGAGAGUGAGAGUUUCAAUGAUGCCGGAAUGACACCUGUACCUUCUCAUUGGAAAGGUGCAUGUGAAACUGGUAGAGGAUUCCAAAAACAUCAUUGUAAUAAGAAGAUUGUUGGUGCGAGAAUUUUCUACCAUGGAUAUGAAGCAGCAACGGGUAAGAUUGAUGAACAAGCUGAUUACAAAUCACCAAGAGAUCAAGAUGGUCAUGGAACUCACACUGCAGCUACUGUUGCUGGAUCUCCAGUUCAUGGUGCUAAUCUUCUUGGUUAUGCUUAUGGAACAGCAAGAGGAAUGGCACCAGGUGCAAGAAUUGCAGCUUACAAAGUGUGUUGGACCGGUGGAUGUUUCAGCUCAGAUAUUCUAUCAGCUGUUGAUACAGCAGUAGCGGACGGAGUCAAUGUUUUAUCGAUCUCUUUAGGUGGUGGAGUUUCAUCUUACUAUCGCGAUAGUCUAUCCGUAGCUUCAUUCGGAGCUAUGGAAAAGGGUGUUUUCAUUUCAUGUUCAGCUGGAAAUUCAGGACCUGAGCCUGUGAGCUUAACAAAUGUUUCACCAUGGAUCACAACAGUUGGAGCUAGCACAAUGGACAGGGAUUUUCCUGCAGAUGUUAGCCUCGGAAACGGAAGAAAAAUAUCCGGAACAUCGCUAUAUAAAGGAAGAGCUAUGCUCUCGGUUCGAAAACACUACCCUUUGGUAUACUUGGGAGGUAACUCAACUAGUCCGGAUCCUAGAUCUUUGUGUUUAGAAGGUACUCUAGAUCGUAAAAUCGUCGCGGGGAAGAUCGUGAUUUGCGAUAGAGGAAUUAGUCCUAGAGUUCAAAAGGGUCAAGUGGUGAAAAAUGCAGGAGGUGUAGGAAUGAUUCUCACAAACACAGAAGCAAACGGUGAAGAGCUUGUAGCAGAUUGUCACCUAAUUCCAGCAAUAGCAGUAGGAGAAAAAGAAGGCAAAAACAUCAAACAAUAUGUGUUAACAAACAAAAAACCAACCGCAACAUUAGCUUUUCUAAACACAAGAUUAGGCAUCAAACCAUCUCCUAUAGUAGCUGCAUUUUCAUCAAGAGGGCCUAACUUUCUUACGCUCGAAAUUCUCAAACCCGAUAUUGUAGCUCCUGGUGUGAACAUUCUCGCCGCAUGGAGUGGUGUUACAGGUCCAUCCAGCUUACCAACAGAUCACAGAAGAGUGAAAUUCAACAUCCUUUCCGGAACUUCCAUGUCGUGUCCUCACGUAAGUGGAAUCGCGGCGAUGAUCAAAGCUAAACAUCCUGAAUGGAGUCCAGCUGCUAUAAAAUCUGCAAUCAUGACAACAGCUUAUGUUCAUGAUAAUACUAUUAAACCUCUUCGAGACGCUUCUUCUGCCGAGUUUUCAACUCCUUACGAUCACGGUGCCGGUCACAUUAAUCCUAGAAAAGCUCUUGAACCAGGUUUAGUAUACGAUAUCAAACCGCAAGACUACUUCGAGUUUCUUUGCAAACAGAAACUGAGUGCUUCAGAGUUAGCAAUUUUUUCUAAACAUUCAAACAAAACUUGUAAACACACUCUUGCUAAUGUUGGUGACUUGAACUAUCCUGCUAUAUCAGUAGUGUUUCCUGAGAAAACAACCGGUUCGGCAUCAACGAUUCACCGAACUGUCACCAAUGUUGGACCUGCUGUUUCGAAAUAUCGUGUGAUUGUUACACCAUUCAAAGGUGCUGAAGUUAAAGUUGAGCCUGAUACAUUGAAAUUUACAAGGAAGUAUCAGAAGUUAUCUUAUAAGAUUAGUUUCAAAGUUACAACAAGGCAAAGUGAACCAGAAUUUGGAGGUUUGGUGUGGAAAGAUGGGGUGCAUAAAGUAAGAAGUCCUAUUGUGAUAACAUAUCUUCCACCAAUGUGA